GUGAUCCCGGCACCAAAUCCAAAUGAAUAUGUCGGGUCUGGCGCUGUGGUAAAUAUAAAACCUGCCUUCUUCCACAUGCGACUCCACUUUGUUGUGUUCCUCUCCUGCCUAAUGUUCCCGCAACUACGUCAGCCUUCAGGACUGCAAAGCAAAGAUAGAUCAUAGAUGCCGACGUUGAUCGUGACGGUGGACAUGGAUUGCUGCCGCUGCAGCGCCAAGAUCCACAAGGUCUUGUCCUCCAUCCAGGACCGAGGCAAGUUCCCCAUCGAGAAGAUCGUCUACGGGGAGGAGAAGGUGCUCGUUUCAGGGCCGUUCGACGCCGACGAGCUCAGCUGCAAGCUCCGGUGCAAGGCCGGCAAGGUCAUCAGGAACAUCGAGGUCGCCAAGCCGCCGGCCUCCAAGCCCAAGCCCAAGAUCGACGAGAAGCCCACUGAGCCCGAGCCCAAGCCGGUACCGUACGCAUACCCGUACCCAUGCCCAUUCCCCUCGACGUGGCCGUGCGCGCCCUACUGCGAGUGCCACUCCAAGCCGCCGGUGCCGGCGCCCACGUGCCAGUGCCCGCCGUACCAGAUGCCGAUGCCCAUGCAGUGCGCGCCUAUGGUCUUCUGCGAGGAGACCCCGCCCUACGGCGCCUGCGCCGUCAUGUAACUGCAAACCCGAACAAUUAAGCCCCCGCCGCUGCAACGGUACGUAAGCACGUAGAUAUACGUGCUCCACGUUGUAGCUAAUGCCGUAUCUUCGGAGCACAUGUAUCUGUACCUGUACAAAGACUCAUUCCGCGGUGACGAUAAAUCGCCUACAAAGUUACGACCAGUGGACAUGAAUAAUUUGAUUUGAAAUCGCAAAAACUGCUUCACUUUAAACGUGUGAGAUGAUAGCGGUCAUGAAUGAUUUGAUUUGAAA